GCACAGCUUUCUGGAGCAGCAAACGCGCCCAUUUACUUUUUUGUUUACUACUUGUCGACCAUCCAGAUCUUCUUAUCCCCUGAAGUGGUGCGAGGAGACUGACGUAUACAGCAUGUAAAUCUUGAUUAAUUUUGUGUAUAAAGGUUAUGGAACCAACGAACAGGCCAAAAAUAUUGCCUAUAAAUCAUCAAGAUUAAAUGUAUGAACAAUAGAAGUUUGACAAUUCCUGCUUGGCAGCCAAUACGCUUAGGGAUAAAUAUAUGCAGUUAGCGCUCUACUUUUCAAUAAGGCUUACUAUCUCAUCUACUCAGUGAUUGAGAAGAAAAGUUAUGUUAUAUAGGCAAAGAAAGCAAGUAGUUCUCUGAAAAAAUAUAUAUUUUAUCGAUUUUUGUAAAAUAUAUAUAAUGCACAAUAUCAGCAUAUUUAAUAGAUGCUUCUGCUUAACUUAAUAACUGCUUAACUUAUGUUUUAACAUGAUGAAAACUUUUAAUCAAUUCUAACUUGUGUUGCAAACGAUUUUCUAUAAAGCAUGCCUUAGCGAGGCAUAUUCUAACACUUGUGAAAGAAAAGCCUAUCUGAGGAUCAUACAAUAUAAAAUAUUUUCUAAUCAAAGGACUCAAAUUUGUAAUAUAUGCAAGCUUACGAAAGAAUUCUGCAAAAUGUGUACUAAAAUCCUUUCUACGCAGGAAUAUAUACCACAAAUCUCGACGCAAAUUAAAGAGAAACAAUUUGUUUGUGUUUGCAAUAAAGCGUUUUCUUUACUGGGAACUUUAAAGACACAUUCAAGGACGCAUACGAAAGAGAAACCGUAUGUUUGUGAGAUUUGUAAUAAAGCGUUUUCUGCGCUAGGAGUUUUAAAGAAUCAUUUAAGGACGCAUAUCAAAGAGAAACCAUAUAUUUGUGAAAUUUGCAAUAAAGCGUUUUCUCUACGAGCACAUUUAAAGACACAUUUGAGGAGGACGCAUACGAAAGAUAAACCGUAUGUUUGUGAGGUUUGCAGUAAAGCGUUUUCUGAGCCAGGAAGUUUAAAGAGACAUUUAAGGAUCCAUACCAAAGAGAAACCAUAUGUUUGUGAGGUUUGCAAUAAAGCGUUUUCUCAACAAGGAAGUUUGAAUAUACAUUUACUGACACAUAUAAAAGAGAAACCAUAUAUUUGUGAGAUAUGUAAUAAAGCGUUUUUUCUACUAGGACAUUUAAAGAGACAUUUGAGGACGCAUACGAAAGAGAAACCAUAUAUUUGUGAGGUUUGCAGUAAAGCGUUUACACAAAAAGGUAGUUUAAAGAUACAUUUAAGGGCGCAUACCAAUGAGAAACCGUAUGUUUGUGAGGUUUGCAAUAAAGCGUUUUCUCUGCGAGGGCAUUUAAAGUCGCAUUUGAGGACGCAUACGAAAGAGAAACCGUUUGUUUGUGAGGUUUGCAGUAAAGCGUUUUCUGAGCCAGGAAGUUUAAAGAUACAUUUAAGGACGCAUACCAAAGAGAAACCAUAUGUUUGUGAGAUUUGCAGUAAAGCAUUUUCUCAACGAUCAAAUUUGAAUGUACAUUUACUGACGCAUACUAAAGAGAAACUAUAUAUUUGUGAGAUUUGCAAUAAAGCAUUUGCUCGACGUGAUACUUUAAAGGACCAUUUACUGACUCAUACGAAAGAGAAACCAUAUAUUUGUGAGAUAUGCAAUAAAGCGUUUUCUCAAUGGGGAAAUUUAAAUACACAUUUAAGGACGCAUACGAAAGAGACACCACAUAUUUGUGAGAUAUGCAAUAAAGCGUUUUCUCGACGGGGAACUUUAAAAACACAUUUAAGGACGCAUACCAAAGAGAAACUGUGAUUGUGAGACUUGCAGUAGAGCGUUUUCUCAUAAAGUAAAUUUAAAGAAACAUUUACUGAAUGCAUAAGAAAGAGGAACCGCAUUUUUGGAAUGCAUGCAAGAAAACUUUUUUUGUUGGAAACAUUUUUUAUUAAUAUUUUCUGUCGCAUGCGAAACAAAAAUCUCUAUGUGUAAUAAAGCAUUAACUGCAGUAGAAAAUUUGCAGUUCUAUUUACCAACCGAUACAUGUAAUAAAGCAUUUACUGCAAAAGAAAAUUCGCAGUUCUAUUUACCAACCGAUUCUAAAGAGUGGCUACAAAGAGUGUCUGUAGUGUUUGUGAUGUAUGUAAUAAAGCAUUUUCUGGUCGAA